UGCCGAUGUUACCGCUUGGUUGGCCACGCUGUGUGAGAGCAGCGCCAGUCGGGCUUGAGUCAGUGCAGCGGCAGCGUCGCUUCUUGGGACGAUCCGGCCGCGCCCUAUGCACGCGAGAAGAUGGCACAUCCGACGCCAGUCGUACCGUCCCGGCUCGGGCCCUGGCGGCGGGAGCCGCGGGAGCAGCGGCAGCGCGGGCCGUCCCCUGUCCAGCGCGUGGCACACGGCGCUGGGCGCCGCCGACGCCAUGAACACGCUGAGCAGCCAGCACAGCGGCGGCGGCGGGGCGGCCGCCGCUGCCUCGGCCGGAACGGCAGGGGGCGCCUCUGGCGGCGCCUCGUCACGUGAGCGCCGGAGGGCCCCGCGCAAGGGCCCCAAGCUGGUCGAGAGGCCCCUGCGGGCGCUCUUCUGCCUCGGACUGGGUAACCCGCUCCGGAAGCUCUGCAUCAGCGUAGUCGAGUGGAAGCCUUUUGAAUAUCUAAUUCUGUUAACAAUUUUCGCCAACUGUGUGGCUUUAGCUGUUUACACUCCCUACCCCAACAGUGAUUCCAACCAAGUGAAUGCCACUCUGGAAAAAGUGGAGUAUAUAUUUCUAGUGAUAUUUACAGCCGAAUGCUUUAUGAAAAUUAUUGCCUACGGCUUCCUGUUACACCCAGGUGCUUACUUACGCAACUCGUGGAAUUUUCUAGAUUUCAUAAUUGUAGUUAUAGGUCUUAUCAGUACAGCCUUAUCCGCAUUUAUGAGGGAAGGCUUUGACGUGAAAGCGUUGCGUGCAUUCCGAGUUUUGAGGCCACUGCGGCUAGUUUCUGGAGUGCCAAGUUUACAAGUUGUUUUGAAUUCCAUUCUGAAAGCCAUGGUGCCUUUGCUUCACAUCGCUCUCCUCGUGGUGUUCGUCAUCAUCAUCUAUGCCAUCAUCGGGCUCGAGCUGUUCUCAGGAAAACUGCAUCAGACCUGCUACAACAAUGCAACCGGGGAGUUCGCCGAGGAGGAGCCGCACCCGUGCGGCGAAUCGGGCUUCGUGUGCGACGCCAGCAAAGGUCACGUGUGCCGCGGCCCCUGGGACGGCCCCAACUUUGGUAUCACAAACUUCGACAAUUUUGGGCUCGCCAUGCUCACCGUCUUCACCUGCGUCACCAACGAAGGAUGGACGGGGGUCCUGUACAACAUCAACGACGCAAUGGGCAACGAAUGGCCGUGGAUAUACUUCAUCAGCCUCAUCAUUCUAGGAUCGUUUUUUGUCCUGAACCUCGUAUUGGGUGUCCUGAGCGGGGAGUUCUCCAAAGAAAGGGAGAAGGCCAAGGCGCGUGGCGACUUCCACAAGCUGCGCGAAAAGCAGCAGAUCGAGGAAGACCUGCGAGGAUACCUCGAUUGGAUCACACAAGCGGGCAAGCAGUCCCCUCAUCUCUCGACGCACCGGUGUUCACGCACACGCACACCAGUGUGAAGUGUCACGUUUCACGCCCGCUGACACGUGUACGCCACGGCUCGUGCAGUUCGCGGACACACAGAGCACACCACGCCGAAUGACCUGAACACACGAAAAUGGGCGAGAAAUCUAUAGGACGCGACUGACACGAGCUAGCUUGCAAACAAAACAGAAUUUCGGGGC